CUGCACGAGUCCAGGAGCGAGGACGGAGCCAUCCACGUCAUUGAGCGGAGCUGCAAGCUGAACGUGGAUGCUCCCAGGCUGCUGAAGAAGAUUGCAGGGGUAGAUUACGUCUUCUUCAUCCAGAAGAACACGGUGAACUGGAGGGAGAGAACCCUGCGCAUCGAAGCCCACAACGAGACCUUUGCCAGCCGGGUGGUGGUCAGGGAGACCUGCAGCUACUCUGUUCACCCUGAGAAUGAGGAGUGGACGUGCUUUGAGCAGUCAGCCUCUCUCGACAUCAAAUCCUUUUUUGGCUUUGAAAGCACGGUGGAGAAGAUUGCCAUGAAGCAGUACACCUCCAACAUCAAACGGGGCAAGGAGGUGAUUGAGCACUACCUGAAGGAGCUGAUCUCCCAGGGGAUCACGUUCAUCCCUCGCUGGAGCCCUCCCGCGGCCAAGGAUGAGCGAGCCCCGGCGGUGGGACGGGCCCCUGGUGACAGCCUGGGUGCCGGGGCUGCCGGCGGCAGCGGGGAGCCGGCUGCCAGCCCCUGCCCUGCCCCCGAGGCUGCCGGCCCUGACGCUGACAAACUGGACGCUGAUUACAUCGAGCGCUACCUGGGCCAGCUGAGCCCGAUGCAGGAGAGCUGCCUGAUCCGCCUGCGCCAGUGGCUCCAGGAGACUCACAAGGGAAAGAUCCCCAAGGACGAGCACAUCCUGCGCUUCCUGCGCGCCCGCGACUUCAACAUGGACAAGGCGCGGGAGAUGCUGUGCCAGUCGCUGGCCUGGCGCAAGCAGUACCAGGUGGACUUCAUCCUGCAGUCCUGGAGACCCCCAGCCCUGCUGCAGGAGUACUACACUGGGGGCUGGCACUACCAGGACAAAGAUGGGCGGCCGCUCUACAUCCUGCGCCUUGGCCAGAUGGACACCAAGGGUUUGGUGAAGGCCCUGGGAGAGGAAUCCCUGCUGAGACAUGUUCUGUCCAUUAAUGAGGAAGGGCAGAAGAGAUGUGAGGAAAACACCAACAUCUUCGGCCGCCCCAUCACAUCCUGGACAUGCCUGGUGGACCUGGAAGGGCUCAAUAUGAGGCACCUCUGGCGGCCUGGGGUGAAGGCCCUGCUCAGGAUCAUUGAGGUGGUGGAGGACAACUACCCUGAGACCCUGGGGAGGCUCCUGAUUGUGAGAGCACCACGGGUCUUCCCCGUGCUCUGGACCCUGGUCAGUCCCUUUAUCAAUGAGAACACAAGGCAGAAGUUCCUCAUCUACAGUGGCAAUAACUACCAGGGCUCAGGAGGGCUGGUGGACUAUGUGGACAAGGAUGUGAUCCCAGACUUCCUGGGAGGAGACUGCAUGUGCACUGUCUCAGAAGGGGGACUCGUCCCCAAGUCCCUUUACCAGACCGAGGACGAGCCGGAGAACUCGGAUCACAUCCGGCUGUGGACAGAAACCAUCUACCACUCUGCCAGUGUCCUCAGAGGAGCCCCUCACGAGAUACUUGUGGAGAUCCUGGAAGGGGAAUCUGUCAUCACCUGGGACUUUGACAUCCUGAAGGGAGAUGUGGUGUUCAGCCUCUUCCACUCCAAACGAGCUCCUGAGCCAAGUCACAAGGAAGCCACAUCACCAAGUCCCUCUGCUGCAGGGGACAAUGUGCAGCUCAUCGACAAGACCUGGGUGCUGGGGGUGGAUUACAGCAGGGUGGAGUCUCCUCUGGUCUGCAGGGAAGGAGAGAGCAUCCAGGGCUCCCAUGUGACACGCUGGCCUGGCUUUUACAUCCUGCAGUGGAGGAUGCACGGGCCCCUGCCCUGCUCCAGCUCCAGCCUCCCACGUGUGGAUGAUGUCCUGGCCUCCCUGCAGGGCUCCAGCCACAAGUGCAAGCUCAUCUACUACUAUGAGGUGCUGGCUUCCAAGGACUUCAGGGGAUCCAUGUCCAGCCUGGAAUCCUGCAACAGUGGCUUUUCCCAGCUGAGUGGAGUCACCACAUCUUCCAGCCAGUCCCAGAGCAGCUCCCACCUCUCCAGGUAGCAGAGCCAAGGCUGCAGCAGCAGGGGGGCC